GCUAAUAGCCGCAUUUGGUAUUUUUUGAUUGGACUAGACGCAUGCCACUUAUCAGAGUGUUGGUUGCGUCGGAGACAAGAUGAUUGGGGACAUCCUGCUGUUCGGGACUCUGUUGAUGAACGCCGGAGCCGUGCUAAAUUUCAAACUAAAGAAAAAAGACACACAAGGAUUUGGGGAUGACAGCCGUGGACCUACUACAGGAGACAACAUCCGAGAAUUUUUGCUGAGUCUGCGAUACUUCCGGAUCUUUAUUGCAUUGUGGAACAUAUUCAUGAUGUUUUGUAUGAUACUAUUGUUUGGCUCCUGAGACAGAUGAAAAAGAUCCACGUGUAUAUCUUGUUAAGGACGGAGAGUUUGAUCUUCAUGUAUGUGGGAUAAUGCCAUCUCCAUGACUUUUAAUGCUUUCCAUUGUCAUCAGUCACUUCAAAUUAUUUUUUUUUUCUCCUCUUUGAGGUUUGAAUGUUGCUGUUGUUUAGUUUUGCAAUUUGGUGUCAACUGGAAAUUCUUUCCUUACUAUGUUGCUUGACUCACAGCCAAUGUGCAAAGCAGCAUGUUGACCAAUGUACAGUUCAGAAUACCUUAUUACAUAUAUAAUUGAGGGAAUGGGGACUGAAAAGUUAUUUUUCAGACAUGUUUUGUAAAUAUUUAUAUAUAUAUAUAUAAAUAUAUAUGCUUUUUUC